AUGUCUCUCAAUAUCCCGAACGCGCCCAACGCGGGCUUGUUCAAGGGAGGUUAUAACAACUACGACUCUGAAGAUGGAGCUGUUCUGCGCAACAUCGAUGCCUGCCGGGCCAUCUCCUCGACGGUCCAGACCUCGCUGGGUCCUUACGGGCGAAACAAGAUUGUCAUUAACCAUCUUCAGAAGAUGAUUCUGACCUCUGAUGCUGCAACCAUCCUCCGAGAGCUCGAUGUCGUCCACCCCGCCGCGAAGCUCCUAGUCAUGGCCAGUCAGCAGCAGGAGGCCGAGAUGGGCGAUGCGACCAACCUAGUCAUCGUUCUAGCCGGCGAGUUCCUCCGGAAAGCCGAAGAUCUUCUGCGGAUGGGUCUGAAGACGUCAGAUAUCGUUACAGGAUACGAGCGAGCACAGAAGUUCGCCCUGGAAGCUCUGGAGGAGCUUGUCGUUGACAAGGUACAAGACAUCAGAUCACAGGAGGAGCUCAGCAAAGCCAUCAGCACGGUUGUGGCCAGCAAGCAGAACGGCAACGAGGAGUUCCUCGCCGACCUCGUCGCCGAAGCUGUUCUUGCUGUCCUACCGAAGAACCCCGCCAACUUCAACGUUGACAAUAUCAGAGUCGUCAAGAUUAUGGGUGGCAGCUUGGAGCAAAGCAGAGUCGUUAAGGGCAUGGUCUUUCCUAAGGAGCCUAAUGGCAUCAUCAAGAAGGCCAAAAAGGCGAAGGUCGGCGUGUUCUCAUGCCCAAUCGACAUCAGUCAGACAGAGACCAAGGGCACCGUGCUGCUCCAUAAUGCUAAGGAGAUGCUCGACUUCACAAAGGGCGAGGAGACACAGCUCGAGACAGCUAUCAAGGAACUACAUGAUGUUGGCUUACGGGUUGUCAUUGCUGGAUCUACGGUAGGAGAGCUGGCCGAGCACUACAUGAACCGCUAUGGCAUUCUCUUCAUCAAGAUUCUCAGCAAGUUCGAGCUGCGAAGAAUAUGCCGAGUAGUCGGCGCAACUCCCCUGGCAAGACUUGGUGCUCCUAUGCCCGACGAGAUGGGCACUGUCGAUAUUGUAGAGACGCUCGAGAUUGGCGGCGAUCGAGUGACUGUGUUCCGACAGGAGGACGAGGUCACGAGGACGGCAACACUUGUUCUCCGUGGCGCAACCCAGAAUCACCUUGACGAUAUCGAGCGCGCCGUUGAUGAUGGCGUCAAUGUCGUCAAGGCUAUUACGAAGGACUCCAGACUAGUUCCUGGUGCGGGUGCCGCAGAGCUCCAGCUCGUGGACAGGAUACAGGCGUUCGGAGAGAAGACACCUGGCCUGGCACAGUACGCUAUCAAGAAGUACGGCGAAGCUUUCGAGGUCAUCCCAAGAACGAUUGCGGAGAGCGCAGGUCUUGAUGCCACCGAAGUCCUCAGCAGACUAUAUGCUGCCCACCAGAAGAAGGAUGGAAUGACUUUCGGCGUUGAUAUUGAGAACGAUGAUGGUACGGGUACGCUGGAUGCUAAGGAUGACGGUAUCCUAGAUCUGUUGAACACGAAGAGCUGGGCUAUCAAGCUGGCAACAGAGGCUGCUAGGACCGUUCUGUCUGUCGACCAGAUCAUCGUUGCCCGACAAGCUGGUGGUCCCAAGCCUCCAGGCCCGAACCCGAACUGGGACGAAGAUUAA